UUCUUCGUGUAGUUAGUCCGUGCCUGUCCGUAACGAGAGCACCGAGGCUCUUGCUUUUCCGUAACGUGUACGAAACGUGUUGCUCCCUGGUUUGUGAACAAACAGUGUUUCACGAUCCCUUAGCUCGAGGAAGUGUCGCAUCUCCAACGAUCGCGGUACCUUCGAUUCAGCCGAAAUCAACGCGUCGCAUUAUUUCAUCGAGGAGUAACUCGGAACCGUCGACAAGUACCGCGAGCUCGAAGUGGAAGGGAAAAAGCCGUUUCGUCGCCGCCGGACUCAUGAAUAUUCUUCGGUAGAUGGGAUCAGCUUUCGAGAGAACUUUCUUUUUUCGAGUCGCAGAACGGCCGGCGCCACGCGGAAACGUGUUUUCUUCCAGAAAAUGCGGGACUGGAAUCUAAGGUCGUAGACCAAGGCUUAAAUGCGCGAUGGUUAAACCACCGGAAGGUGGAGGCCUCUUUGUAGCCGGCUGGUUUCUGGCACUGUAUUGCGCCAGUGUCGGUGGCCAGCUGAGUGCCGAGUACGGAUGUCCUACUCAGGAGAGGAUCCUACCUUGCAGAUGCUCUACUCGCGACAUGGAGAUCCAAAUCUGGCAAGUGUCGCGUGACGAUCGGAUCGUGAAAACCUUCUCCCCGACCCUUAAUCAUUCGUCUUCUACCAAUAGGUGCAGUCACAGCGAGUUACCCAAGGUCCUAGAGGGUCUAAAAGCAGUGAGCCAUUACCUAGACCGACCAGUAGAUGAGUUGAUCCUAGAGAACAAUAAUCUGCCCAGCCUGCCUGGCAAGGUUUUCGCCACUUUGCGCGUCCUCCGUUUGAUGCUGCGGAACAAUCGUCUCGAGAGAGUGUCCUCGGGCUGGUUGGAGGGUCUCCAUGACUCCUUGUUGGAGCUCUUUGUCGUGGAACCUGAUUUAAGAUCCUUGCCGAUAGAUAGUCUCGAGAAUCUUCAAGGUCUAGAGGCAGUCACCUUGCAGAGCCGAGUGAUGAAGAAGCUUCCGAAGUUUUCCGGCCUGCCGAAGCUCAGAUAUCUUCAGAUUAACUCCCCGGCUUUGCUGGAGCUUGCUCCCAGAAACUUUCGAGACUUGCCCGGCUUGGAGCAGCUUCACGUGUUCGGUAGCUCGCGUCUGAUACGUUUAGAGGCUGGCCUGUUUCGAGACCUGCCGCGACUAGAACUGGUGAACAUCACCGAUUGCGGGAUCCAUUGGGUGCAUCCUCGAACACUGAUCGAUCUGCCGGAGCUGAAGGAACUUUCGCUGAUUGGGAAUUCGAUAGUCGACGCCGGGAUGAUCGGUCGUGCCAGCGUUGACCUGCCGUCUUUGUCGGUGAUACGGCUCGAUCGUAACCGGAUAAAUCGUCUUGAAGACGGAGCCUUCACGGACCUGCCGGUCCUCUCUCGCCUCUACUUAUCGAGGAAUCACAUUACUGAGGUGUUCGCCGGAGCGUUUCAAAGAAUGCCUGCCUUGAAAACCGUGGAUCUUAAUCACAAUCUAAUACAUCGUAUACAUCCUGAAUUCUUCCCACGCCGGCCUGGAAACAGCUUGGAAGAGUUCUGGCUGAUCGACAACGACCUCAGCCACGUGACGGAGCUGAGGUCGAUCAUGGAAGCGCUGCCCAGACUGAAGCUCCUCGACGUCAGUCACAAUCAAAUCGAAGAGAUACCAUUCGGAGCGCUGAGAGGUCAUCCGACGUUAGAAAGACUUCACCUUGAUCACAACAGAGUGGCCUUUCUGCAAAGGGAGACCUUCACCGCGAUGCCCGCUCUCAGGGAACUACGUUUAAAAAACAAUUCUCUGUCGAACCUCCUGGAGACGCCAUUUUGGAACUUGCCCGCGCUCAAGGGGCUCGAUCUAUCUGAGAACUACUUCCGCCACAUUGAACCUCGGUUGCUGGCUAAUUUGCCCAGCUUGAGACGAUUAGAUAUGAGCGGGAACGCGAUUGGACUCAUCGAGCCUGAAUCCUUUUUGGAAACGCCAGCCCUGGAACACGUCAACAUCUCCGGAAAUGCUCUCUCUGUUCUUCAUCCUCUAACUUUCCAUCAGUUGAACAACCUUUACGAGCUGGACGUCGGUUGGAAUCGAAUGUUAGAGAUUGUCCCGGGUCUACCGAGGAAUAUAGAACACCUUUACAUGCCCAUGAACCGUAUCGUUGUCCUGCCCGCAAUGUCUUCUCAGGAUCUUGCCCUUCCGGUACUGAGGUCUUUGGACCUCAGUGCGAACGGAAUCGAGAGGAUCUCGCCCGGCACUCUGGCCGAUUUACCUAAUCUGAGGAAACUGAACAUGGGUUACAAUGCACUUAGAAUUAUAGAAGAUGGAACGUUCGAUGGUUUAUCUAGAUUAGAACAAUUGGACCUGAAAUAUAAUCGGUUGGUCACUUUGCAUGGCAGAAGCUUUAGGCCUCUGAGAUCGCUGAUGGAUUUAAGCUUGCGGGGAAACCGGUUGGAAGUCCUCAGACCGGACAUCUUUCAAGAAAACAUCCGACUGCAGAGGCUCGAUUUUAGCAGGAACAAUCUUGCGCAGAUCCCUCACGCUACCUUCUCCAACACCAGAGACCUUCGUGAACUGUACGCGUCGCACAACACUUUGACCGAGUUACCCGGAUCGUUGCACGGUUUAACAGCACUUCAGGUUCUCGACUUGAGCUUCAACAAGCUGAACAUCCUGUCGCCGGAAACGCUGAGCAGCCUGUCGGCCUUGCUCGAAUUGAAGCUCGUCCGAAAUCGCAUCCGCGAGCUUCGCGAAGGCGCCUUCGACGGACUGCCGCGUUUGUCGCUGAUCGAUUUGGAGAACAACGAUCUCAGGAUCAUCGAGAGGAACGCCAUCCGAGGAUUGCCAGAAUUACAGGCGAUAAGACUCGGGAAAAAUCGGUUGCAGAUAAUCCCGAGCGGAGCUUUCACCGAGCUGCCGUUGUUGCAAAGUGCGGAACUUCAGGAGAAUCGGAUUCAGGAAAUCGCGAGCAACGCGUUCAUUAACGUGCCUCACCUUCUCUUCCUCAAUCUGAGCUACAAUCACUUGCCGGCGUUGGAUUAUGUCGGCUUGGAGAGUCUUCGAUCUUUGGAGGUUCUGGACUUGAGCAACAAUCGAUUGUCCAGGGUAUCCAGCAACAGUUUGGCGUCGAUGGAGUGGUUGGUCGAGUUGAAAAUGGAUAACAAUCGUAUUUGCGCCAUCCAAGGCUCCCCUUUCGAUGAAAUGCCGAGACUUCGGGUGCUCAGCCUGAGGAGUAACCGGAUGGCUUCCGUUUCGGAAGCGGCGUUCAAACGUUUAAGAUCGAAUAUCGCUGUCCUGGAUAUUGAUGGCAAUCCACUUUCCUGCUCUUGCGGAAUGUUAUGGCUCCGAGGGUGGCUUCAGCAAGCUUCUUCCGAGGGUCCAAGGUGCGCCGAUGGCUCGUUAUUUAAGGAAAUUAGAUUAUCUCGACAGGAUUGCCAAAGGGAAAGACAAAUAGAUCCGAUUCACCCCGGCUGCGAGGCUGAAAUGAUCGACUUGGCGCCGUACCCUGUAUCUUCCUCGCUAUACGGAGCAACGGAAAUGGUACCAUUGCGGAUGAACAUCAAAGAAUCAUCAACCCGUCCCCCUUCGCAAGACUCUGAUUAUCUUUACGAGUAUUCGGACUAUCAAGAGCCUAGAAACGACACAACGAACGUAACAAGUCAAUCGCAGAUCACUGCACCAACAGAUACCACGAAAAUCAUCGAGGCUGUAGAAAAAGUUCAAGUACAGUUGAAUAAUACCGUUCCUGUGAAGAAGAACACCUUGAUGCCUCCAUCCCCCAGCAGCUCCGGCUUCACCUUCUUCGGAGUGCCAUUGCCUAGUCUAAACUUCAACCUUUGGGGAAACUCGGGCAGGAAGUCCGAGCGCAAGAAUUCAUCGCCGAGACCCGGAAGGGGCCGUUACAGAACGUUCCCGCCCACGGAACCGGAAAUCCACCGAGGUGGCUUCGUGCCUUUGCCCCGUGGACAGGGCGGCUUCGUGCCCAGCGUGGACCCUCGACUUGCUUACCAAAAACACGUGAAAAACGAAACGUCGAUGCAGCAGAAUUCGAGUGCUCCGCAGGAGGAGAAAAGAAGAUGGAAAAAUGGGAACGGCACGGUAGUGAAGAUCGAGAGGACUCAGCUUAGAACGAGCAGGCCCAAAGUUGGAUUCAAGGAAAGAGAAGAACUGUCCACGAUGCCAACGAACGAGGCCGAUUUUAGGAGGCAACCGUCCGAGCAGAAGAGAAACAGCUCCAGCCAUGUGAACUCAACGAAAACGUCCGAUUCGAGUGCCGCGGCGGACGAAUCGCCCCAAGAAGCGAACGAAACUUCUGUGGCAGAUGAUACUCAAAAUGGCGACCGCCAGGAGGUAAAUCGGAAGUCCAAUAGAGCCAGCGAGAAGCCUCAGACUGAAGUAUCGAGUAAAAUCGUGUGGACAACGCCGAGGACGAUGAUAGAGACGACGAAAGAAACCAAAGGGACGUCGACGGAAAUGGCGACGGCAGAGAAGAAUAUUUUCUGGGAAACAGAAGCGGCAGUGUUCCAAGAAACGUCCACAUCGACGACUGUUCGAAACGAACCGAUGGAUGUCUCUGAUGUAGCUACGACUGAGCGACCAGUCUCAACGUCACUGGAGAGCCGGAAGAACACCUCUUUUGCGUCUCAAUUUCCCCGGGAAACGGAAGCUUCCGCUCUCUCAGCCUUUUUGGUCCCAGGUGGUCAAGUCCCGUCGUCUAUGCCAGUACCCAACUUACGUCCCCUAGGUCGGCCGACUAUAACGAAAGUCCCCUCGCCGCGUUUGGGACUGACUUCCGAGCCAGAGAAGCAAAAGUCCGUGGCUGAAGCUGUACAACGAAACGUGGAAACCGCGGAAGAGCAAAUCUACGAGAAAGACGAAUCCUCGAACGAGAAUGCCGAAGUGAUCGAGGAUAGUUCUUUUAACUGGUAUUUUCAGCAUUAUAACGAUACCAAUUUAGAGCCCUACGUGGGCACCGCGUACAGUGGAAGUGGAAAGAUGUGUCGAUGGACUUUACUGACUCCGAUAUGUCUCGUGUUGUAUAUUUUCAUCUAAUAACGCUACGAAUGGAACGUUCUCAACGAUCAGUCUAUCGGCGUAUCGAUCGGAAUUUCUAUUUGGAAAGUACCUUUCUAGUUUCCUUUCUCUUUUUGUAUAGAAUGUGGUCGUUCAAAGGAUAAAGUAAGGAGAUAAGUCUAUUAAUGAAAAAACAGCGUGUAUCUCAAAUUAUGUAUCGUACAGGUACAAGCAUGACGAAAUGCUGUUUUACGGUACACAGUUUCAAUGCCCCGCGCGUACGAUUCGCGCGGUGCUCCGUAUGAUACAAAGUGAGCCGUUCAUCAUGGCC